AUGGCUAAUUUUAACAACCCAAAUGAUUUUAAUUGGCAGACGCAAAAUAGUAAUCAGAAUUACUCGUUUAAUACUUCUAAUACGUUCGUUGAUCAAGCACAGACGUUGGAUUUUCAGUCUUUUCCAACAGACCAACAAAACUAUUCAUUCGAUCAGGGGCAGGGUCAGAUGACUGCAAACAACAACCAGUACUAUAACCCAACACUAUUUACACCCGCUCCUGUGCCUGGAGAACCUGCUGUAGAAACAACAGAUUUUGAUGAACCACCAUUGUUAGACGAACUUGAAAUCUACCCUGAUAGAAUAUUAGAGAAAACAUUGGCAGUGUUAAAUCCAUUCCACGGACAAUCCAAAGCAGACGAUGCCAACUUCCUCUUGAGAGAUACUGACAUUGCUGGGCCAAUAGCAUUUUGUUUAGCUCUUGCAGUAUGCCUAUUCCUGUCAGGCAAUAAAGCACAUUUUGGCUAUGUUUAUGGCUUAUCUGUAAUGUCAGUCAUUUUAAUGUAUUGCUUACUAGCUCUAAUGAGCCGUACUGAAGGAGUUUUUACCAUAUUGAGUGUAGCCAGUGUAUUAGGAUAUUGCAUGUUACCCAUGGUUGCACUAGCAGGAUUAGGUAUUUUUAUUUCUCUAGAUGGAUCAAUUGGUUUAAGUUUGUCAGCUAUUGCAGUAAUAUGGUCAGCACUUUCUGCUAGCAGACUUUUUGUUACUAUGUCAGGAGAUGCUGAGCAAAGACCGCUUAUUGCCUAUCCUUGUGCUUUAGUCAAUGGCGUUUUUGCCUUAUUAGUGCUCUUUUAA